AUGGGCUUCAGUAAAAAUCAUUUAAAACAAGGGGAACAGUCUACUAAGUCAGUAGGUGCGGAAGAACAACAUGACUAUCAACCGAAAACAUUAGGAGACAAGGAAAAGAAUGGUCGAUUUUCCCAUUUGCCCGUCUUUCCAGCUAAAAUUGUUGGCAAAGAUGAAUAUCUACUUUUGGCUAAUGUACCAGUAUCUGAUCUUGCACCCAAUGAUAUUGCUCGACGUGAACAAGGUGCACCGACACCGGGGGCUCUGAUGUUGAUGGAAACGUUCAAGUACGGUGAUAUAUUUAGUUUAUGA